CGUUCUCUCUCCCUCUCCCAACAUGGCGGCCUCAGCAAAAAAGAAGAAUAAGAAGGGGAAGACCAUCUCCCUAACAGACUUUCUAGCUGAGGAUGGGGGUACCGGUGGAGGAAGCACCUAUGUCCCCAAACCAGUCAGCUGGGCUGAUGAAACAGACGAUCUGGAAGGAGAUGUGUCAACAACCUGGCACAGUAACGAUGACGAUGUGUACAGGGCACCUCCAAUUGACCGAUCCAUCCUUCCCACUGCUCCACGGGCUGCUCGGGAACCCAAUAUCGACCGGAGCCGUCUUCCCAAAUCGCCACCCUACACUGCUUUCCUGGGGAACCUGCCCUAUGAUGUGACAGAAGACUCCAUUAAGGAAUUCUUUAGAGGACUAAAUAUCAGCGCUGUACGCUUACCACGUGAACCCAGCAAUCCAGACAGGUUGAAAGGCUUUGGCUAUGCAGAGUUUGAGGACCUGGAUUCUCUGCUCAGUGCUCUGAGUCUCAAUGAAGAGUCUCUAGGUAACAGGAGAAUUCGAGUGGACGUUGCUGAUCAAGCACAGGAUAAAGACCGGGAUGAUCGCUCUUUUGGUCGAGAUAGAAAUCGGGAUUCUGACAAAACAGACACAGACUGGAGGGCCCGUCCUGCCACCGACAGCUUUGAUGACUACCCGCCCAGAAGAGGUGACGAUAGCUUUGGAGACAAGUAUCGAGAUCGUUACGAUUCAGACCGGUACCGGGAUGGAUACCGGGAUGGGUACCGGGACGGCCCACGUCGAGAUAUGGACCGCUAUGGGGGCCGGGAUCGAUAUGAUGACCGAGGCAGCAGAGACUAUGACCGAGGCUAUGACUCCAGGAUAGGCAGUGGCAGGAGAGCAUUUGGUAGUGGCUACCGUAGGGAUGAUGACUACAGAGGAGGUGGGGACCGCUAUGAAGACCGGUAUGAGAGAAGGGACGAUCGAUCAUGGAGCUCCAGGGAUGAUUACUCUCGGGACGACUAUAGGCGCGAUGACAGAGGUCCCCCUCAAAGACCCAAACUGAAUCUAAAGCCUCGGAGUACUCCUAAGGAAGAUGAUUCCUCUGCUAGCACCUCCCAGUCCAGCCGAGCGGCUUCUAUCUUUGGAGGGGCGAAACCUGUGGACACGGCUGCUAGAGAGCGAGAAGUUGAGGAACGGCUGCAGAAGGAGCAGGAGAAGUUGCAGCGGCAGCUGGAGGAGCCGAAACUAGACCGCCGGCCACGGGAGAGACACCCAAGUUGGCGAAGUGAAGAAACUCAGGAAAGAGAACGGUCGAGGACAGGAAGUGAGUCAUCGCAGACUGGGACCUCAGCCACAUCUGGCAGAAAUACACGCAGGAGAGAGAGUGAGAAGUCUCUAGAAAAUGAAACCCUCAAUAAAGAAGAAGACUGUCACUCUCCAACCUCCAAACCUCCUAAACCUGAUCAGCCUCUAAAGGUAAUGCCAGCCCCUCCACCAAAGGAGAAUGCGUGGGUGAAGCGAAGCUCUAACCCUCCUGCUCGAUCUCAGAGCUCAGACACAGAGCAGCAGUCCCCUACAAGUGGUGGAGGGAAGGUGGCUCCAACUCAGCCCUCUGAGGACGGACCAUCGAGGAAAGAUGAAAAUAAAAUAGAUGGGAUGAGUGUCUCAAAAGGCCAAACUGGGACCUCCAGUCGUGGUCCUGGAGAAGGAGGGAACAAAGACCACUGGAAGGAGUUGGAUAGGAAAGAUGGCAAAAAAGAUCAAGACUCCAGAUCUGCACCUGAGCCAAAGAAAUCUGAGGAGAAUCCAGCCUCUAAGUUCAGUUCUGCAAGCAAGUAUGCUGCUCUCUCCGUGGAUGGUGAGGAUGAGAAUGAGGGAGACGACCACACUGAGUAGACCUCCACAUGCUGUGCUUUCUUCUAGUCUCCACCCCGGAACAUUCAAGAGCAAAUCAAACCUCUAUCCAGACAAGAAAAAUAAAACUCACCAUCUCCUGAA